AAAGAGGGAAGAUUAACGGCUCUUAACGCGGCGCUUAACGGGGGGAUGGAGUCGCCGUUUGGCGGUCUCCCCUUGUUUCAAAUUUAUUGCGGAGUCGUCUCUUUUCGCCUCCAAAGACGAAAUGGUGUGUCGUCGUUUUGUUUUUCUAAUUUUUAUUAAUAUAAUAAAUUUGCCACACAAUUUUCCUCCUCAGUAAUUCUCCGUCCCCUCUCUCUCUCUCUCCCCCUCCUCGGAGAGAUUUGUUAGAAGCCCUAACCCUACCCCGUGGAUUCGCCCAAGCGGAAACCCUAGAUCAUGAAAGGGACGAAGCCACUGAAGCAGCUGAAGCUCGCGGUGCCCGCGCAGGAGACUCCCGUGGACAAAUUCCUGACGGCGAGUGGUACAUUCCAGGAUGGUGAUCUGCGGUUGAAUCAGAGAGGAUUGCGGUUGAUCUCUGAGGAAAAGGAAACUCGUACACCAGAUGCGGAGGAGGUGGAUAUGCAGUUUGCAUUGGAGGACCUCGAGACCAUAAAAGUUAUUGGAAAAGGAAGUGGUGGUGUUGUCCAACUUGUGCGGCAUAAAUGGAUGGGGACCUUAUACGCUUUGAAGGGCAUCCAGAUGAAUAUUCAAGAGACAGUUCGUAAACAAAUAGUGCAAGAGCUGAAAAUAAACCAAGCAUCGCUGUGCCCACAUAUAGUUGUUUGCUACCAUUCCUUCUACCACAAUGGUGUGAUUUCUCUUGUUUUGGAGUACAUGGAUCGGGGAUCUCUCGCAGACAUAAUUAAGCAAGUUAAAACAAUUCUUGAGCCAUACCUGGCAGUUCUUUGUAAGCAGGUUUUGGAGGGUUUAGUGUAUCUUCAUCAUGAAAGGCAUGUAAUCCACAGGGAUAUCAAACCGUCAAACUUGUUAGUUAACCACAAAGGUGAAGUGAAAAUUACUGAUUUUGGAGUGAGUGCUGUACUUGCUAGCUCCAUGGGUCAGCGAGAUACAUUCGUGGGAACUUACAAUUAUAUGUCGCCUGAGCGAAUAAGCGGAAGCUCUUAUGAUUACAAGAGUGAUAUAUGGAGUUUGGGCUUGGUAAUACUGGAAUGUGCUAUUGGCCGUUUUCCUUAUAUACCAUCUGAAGAGGAAGAAGGUUGGCUGAGCUUUUAUGAACUUUUGGAGGCUAUCGUGGAUCAGCCAGCACCUUGUGCACCGCCAGAUCAAUUCUCUCCAGAGUUCUGUUCAUUCGUAUCAGCUUGCAUUCAAAAGGAUCCUCAACAGAGACUGUCCUCUUUGGAACUCCUGAAUCACCCCUUUAUCAAAAAAUUCGAGGACAAGGAUAUCGAUCUGGGAAUUCUCGUCAGCAGCUUAGAUCCUCCUGUGAAUGUAGUAGACUGAUGCUUAAUAUCCUUGUGGUUUGAUAUGCGUGCAAUCUCCCAGAUUUUGCUGCGUUGGAGCUCUAGAGCAGGCAUUUUUCUCAGCUGCAUGAUGUGAAAAGACCAAAUUGCUGCAACAGUCCUCGUAUCCUCCCGCAGGGAGAUUAUAAAUACCAUGAAAAGUGUCAAAAUUUCAGUGAUGGCAAACAAGAUGAAAAUUGGUCCGAAGUAUAUUGCAAGUUAGGGCAACUCAUCGAUAUUGAUCAAAGAUAGUGUUGCAAGUGAUGGGGGUAAUGUUGUAUUGCUAGAUUUGAGGUGGAGAUAUUCAUUAAAAUUAGCUCCGGAUGUUACCUGUUGCCGUGAUUCAGCAGAUAAUAGAGGCAGCAAGGUACCAGUUGAGGAAUUGGUAUUGAUAAAUCUUGCUUUUUGCUUAAAAUGCAGUUCUUUUAUGAAUUA